AUUCGUGACGUUGUGCGCCUUGGCACACCGAAACAUCUUCGGUCGCAUACAUUUCAGUCACGUGCUGCCAUCUAGGCCUGCGCUUUUUCAGGGCCGUUACUGUUCACUUUUUGCUAGCCACCACUCGUCCAAACGAAUUUGAGGAUGAUCCAAGUCGCUAUGGAUGGUUCAUCCAGCUCUGAACACAAGCUUCCUUCCACAACGGGGGAAGCACCUUCUCCUGUCAAGAUGUCGCCCUACUCCGACGUCGUUACCCUCUACUUCGCAGAUCAGGUCCUAGUUGUUCAUAGAUUCGUCCUCGAAAAGGCGCCAAAGCUACAUGAUAUGGUGUCCACCCGGACUCAACACCGAAUCUCCGACAUCUCGGGUGCGGCAGGCCACAUCCUUAUCAACUACUUAUACAAAGGAUUGUAUGAGAUGCUUCCCUUGCUUGAGUAUGAUCGCACCACGGCAGAGCGACGCAUCAACAUGCUACAGUGCAGCUUCGAGGUAUACGAGGCUGCCAGGAAGUACCAGAUCCAUGAUCUUGCAAAAGAGGCGACAAUUGAUAUAGAAGGUCGCACCGGCGACCUCGAACCCUCCGAAGUCCUGGCGGUCCUCAAACAGGCUUGCCCACUACCAGAUACAAGUGAUGUCUGGCUGCGGGGUUAUAUGAGGACCCUGCUUGAUAUCGCUUAUACUAGCAUCGAGGCCUUCCUUGCGUCGGACAUCAUGGCCCCUGAGAACUGCGAGAGGACUAUCUCGAUCACGGAGAUGCUUCUGCGUACCAUGAUCAGUUCGACCAACGAAAAGCACGAGCUGGAGAGACAGGUACGGGAAGCCGCAGAAGCUGCAGAAGCAAGACGGAAGGCCGCAGAAGCUGCAGAAGCUGUAGAAGCAGAACGGAUGGCUGUAGAAGCAGAACGGAUGGCUGUAGAAGCAGAACGGAUGGCUGCAGAAGCAGAACGGAUGGCUGCAGAAGCAGUACUGGACGCCAUAGAACCAGAACUGGAAGCGAAUCCGGCGGAACAGCAGGGACUGAUCGACGACUUGCGUGCUGAGCGAGCACAAUUAUUGAAAAGGAAGGAGAAAAAGGGUAGAUUACUGAAGAGGGACAAGGCUAGACUCAGAGAGCUCGACGUCUGGCUUCUAUCCACCAAGGGCGAGUACGGCAUUGAAUGCGAACCAGAGCCAGAAUCCGAACAGCCAGGACUGCAACCAGCAUUGGAAGUAGAACCAGACCCAUGGAGACCAGCAUUUCCUGAGCCUGGAAACUGUUAGUAUGCCGGUGUAGUGUAGCUUAGUCACAUGUGAAGUUUGCAGCACAAGUUUGAGAUUUUCAAGUCCACUGA